UUGGAAAAGCGCUCGAACAUGUGGGUCUUCAGUAGCCUAUUGAUGGAAUCAGGCCGAUUCGAAGACGACAUUUCCACGACAGGACGCCUCCAGGGCCGACGACUCUGCGGUCCAAAUGGCCGCCUUCUCACGCAGUCGAAGGGGCGCAUGGUUGACAGCGCUGGCUUCUUCACCGCCUGUUUUGCAGCUUGGAGCGGGUGGCCGUGCUGGCGCGCUCGCGUCAUCCACAGAUCUCCCGCGCGUGCGACGUAGUUCUGAAGCUCGUUCUUCAUCUCCGCGUCGAUUCUGCUGGCCUUGGACGCGCUCGCCUGGACUUCAAACACUAUUCUUUGUCCAAUAUAUCAGUGGCUGUUCCUUGCGCUUCGUUGCCGCUAUUCACAAGCGCCAUCGUCCCGCUCCAUGUAUCAACCACCAUCUUGGAUCGGCGCCAGACAGAAGCGGUCCUUACUGGGACCUGGGACCUAGCCAUGCACCGCUGCCUGUCGUGAACCGCGCCGGCCUAUCGAAUCGUCCGAAUUUUGCUUCCGCUCCACGACGACUUGCUCUGUGCACCCUCAACCUUUGUACUGCUGCUAUCCACUUCGCGGCAGGUCAAUUGUCGAGUACGCUCUGCAGCCGCCCGAUGCAUGAUCCCUUUGUGUCAAUUCGAAAAUUUCCUCCCAAAGCUCCAGACCCGUUCGUGCUGAGCUUAGCAUCCUGCUAUCUCCAAUGUCUUGACUUCGGCAAAGUGGGGACUACUUGAUGCCCUACCACCAGCCUUGAACAUGGGGAUCCCAGGGUCUGUGAACUCUUCAUCUCUGUCUCUCUCGAUUGACCGGGAUCGCGUGCGCAAGAACGCCUGGCCCCUACCAGCUGCCCUCUACUCGUCAAUCAUCGCCUGUCAAACUGUACUCCACUACGUCUCGCGAACGUGCUGGAGCGCCAUCAGACAGUCUCCGCAAUGCCAAUUUAUGCCUGCAUGCACACGGCUUACAGCUAA